CCGACAUGGUCCGAAUCGAAAUACGCGCGUAGUUUAAUUAAAACUAUCAUGUUGACGUAGCGAAGCGUUCGGUUUGCAGAGAGAAUUCAUAAUUUAAGAUACUAAUAGGGAUUACAUCUGCCGGAACGAUGAUACUCGUGACGUGGUUGUUCGCCUUAUCGGCUAUGCUGCAAACGUCGGUGGAAUGUUUAAUCAACAAGAACGAUGAUAUUAACUUGACGCUAGGAAAUCACGUCGAUUUCACACGCAUUUGGGGUAUUAACUAUGGAGAAUCAAAGCUGCGGAAAAGUUAUGAUUUUAUUAUCGUUGGAGCCGGCCCAGCGGGAUCAGUUCUGGCGAACCGUCUGACAGAGGACCCCAAAGUGACCGUUCUGCUACUGGAAGCAGGAAAGGGUGAACUUCCUAUUUUCACCGAUAUCCCUCUGGCAGCUCCACAUCUGCAAUCAACGGACUACAAUUUUGCGUAUGAAAGUGAAGUGCAGAGUAUCGGAUGUCAGGGAUUACGCGAUAGAAAGUGCAGUUGGCCUCAUGGACGGGGUGUAGGUGGAUCUUCGAUUAUAAAUUAUAUGAUUUAUACCAGAGGUAACCGUAGGGAUUACGACGGCUGGGCCCAGGCUGGUAAUCCCGGUUGGAGUUGGGAGGAAAUUCUACCGUACCACAUCAAAGCAGAGCGAGCCAGUAUCAAGGAUUUUGACGACAAUGGAUUUCAUGGGAAAAGUGGUCCCCUGUCGGUUGAAGAUUGCCCGUUCAGGUCCAAAGUAUCCCAUGCGUUCGUCCAAAGCGCUCAGCAAGCCGGAUAUCGAUACCUUGACUACAAUGCCGGUGAACAAAUCGGGGUAUCCUAUCUUCAGGCAAACACGGACCGAGGUUUCCGAGUAACGAGUGGAACAGCCUAUCUCACCAAUGUUGGAAAACGCAAAAACCUUCACAUACUUACCAAAGCUUGGGUCACGAAGCUGCUAAUUGAUUCCGACAGCAAAGUAACCGAAGGAGUGCUAUUUACUCGCAACAAAAAGUACUUCGCAGUUAAGGCUAGACAAGAGGUCAUUCUUUCUGCUGGAGCCUUUGAAAGUGCUAAACUACUGAUGCUUUCCGGGAUCGGACCGGCCCACCAUCUAUCACAGCUUGGAAUUCCACUAAUCCAAGAUCUACCAGUAGGGGAAAUUCUUUACGAGCAUCCGGGAGUAUUAGGUCCGAUCUACCUCAUCAACAAACCUAUUGAUACUUUCGUCCAAUUGGAUAACAACAUAAACUGGAGAAACUUUAUUAAACUAAUCAACGGGCGUGGUGUUUUCACAUCCAACUCAGUGGAAUGCCUUAUGUACAUCAAAACACCCGUCGCCGAGCAUCCCGAUCCAGGUCUCCCGGACGUCGAAAUCAUGCAAGCUUUCACCUCAGUCGACUUCGAUUCUAGCCCAGGCACCGCUACAGCAUUCCGUCUCACUAACGAAACGUACGACGGAUACUUUCGACCGAUCCGUAACAUCCGCUCGUUCCAGUACCUUCCGUUAUUACUAAAGCCUAGAACACGGGGAAAACUUCGACUUAAGUCCAGUAACCCGUUUCACCACCCACGCUUCGAGUACCAAUAUUUCGGAGAUGAUCGUGACCUUGAAGCUCUAGUGUACGGCAUACGAGAGGCAAUACGCGUAACAUCCCAGCAACCCUUCCGCGAGCUUGGAGUGGAACUCUACUCACGCCAAGUGCCGGGCUGUGAAACAUAUGAGUUCAACACACACGAAUACUGGCGCUGCCAUGUGCGCACUUUGACUGCCACCUUUCACCACCAGGUCGGCACUUGUAAAAUGGGUCCUAUCACCGAUCCGGAAGCGGUCGUCGAUUCUCGCCUCCGAGUGUACGGGAUUUCCCGGCUAAGAGUGGUUGACAUUGGUGUAGUUCCAGAGCCACCAGCUGCACAUACAUCUGCAAUCAGCUUCGUUAUCGGAGAGAAGGCUGCUGAUCUGAUCAAAGAGGAUUUGGCCCUCGGCACUGUUGGUGAGAAGAUUGAUAAAUCUGUUUCUUUACAAGCGGAAAUAGCCGGCUUUAGUACUCAUUAUCAGUUCGGGCAGGAUUUCGGAUCCUUCAGUCAAAAUGCCUUUUUUGGAUUUAAGUGAGAUUUGAAAGGGUUACACAGUGGUGGGGCGAGAAUUACGCUUAUGUACAGAUGCUAAGAAUCGUAGCUAUAAGUUUUUGUUUAUAUAUGGUGGUGGUAAAGGACAAGGGGAAACCUUAAAUUUACAAACGGUUUAUUAGGAACAUUUGCGAACGAAAACGUAAUUGUGAGAGAGGGAGUUUAACAUGUAAAUAGAAAUACGCUUACUUAUAGAAUAAGAAGAUCUAAAUGUCUAUUUUUUCCAUCAACGAUGCAAUUGUAUAUGCAAUAGUAAUUUUAAAAAUAUUGGGUCAAACUGUUUCAAUAAUUACUGCUGAAAGAAUUUUUGUUUAGGAACAGUGAAAUAAAAAUCCGGGAAAAUAUUUUAAAAUACUUAUAGCUGAGCGAAACGAAGUUAUUUUCACUUUCUUAAUCGAGUUAAUAAUGAGCAUAAUGAAAAUGUACUGAAUUCUUUAUAUAAAUAACUUUCCAAAUAGUAAAGGCAAAAUUUUGGAUACGAAACGGGAAAGAAUUAUGAUUAUUUUUUUUAUUUGAGCUCUAUUUUAUGUGGCACUGGCUGGAUUUAUUUAGAUAUACAUAGAAUCACGAUAUACAAACACGAUGAAUCAAAUGUCGGAGGGAAAUUUCAAUAAGGUAUUGUUUUGAAAAAAUGCCCUGAUUCUUAAAAGUCUCUUAACAGUAUAAUUGAAACAAACCUUUACAUACUAAACAUACUAGAACAAGAAAUAUGUAUGGCUGAACAACAAUCGCUCUGUUAUCAUCAGAAAUUGGAAAUCAGAAUAUAUAAUAUAAUCUCGAUUAGCACUUCCCCCAUGUUAUUCGGAGAUUUGUUCAUUAUCAGAUCGUUUCAUCACCGUUCUAAUGGGAAGGGAAAGGGAGGUAAACGAAAAAGGUAGAAAAAUGGAAAAUAACAACACACUACAUUUACAACACAAAACAGUAAGCACCCUGGCUUCUUCACUCCCGAAGGAAUGAUGAAAUCUACUGAUAAACCCUAUCGCGCUUUACCACUCUGGGUUAGACACAGUAACAUAUCCUUGGGUUUUUGGUCCCUGCACUUAGGUACAUAGGUCCGGAUACGCAGUUACAUUACAGCAGGGCAAAUUCAUAUCAAGUAAUGUUCCGUAAUCGGAUUCACAAAGAUCACACGAAUAAUGCUCAGCACACUGAAUAGUAGCAAUGUGAUAACUAAAUUUGCAAUGUCCAGUCAGUGUCCUGACUAGAAUACUGCAAUUGUGCUUGGAAAAAUGCAGCAAAUUCUUUGAUAUUUUCGGACGAACAUCCGGCAGAAAAGUUUUUGUUUGAUCGUAAGUUGGCAAGCUACGCAAAUGGUUGGCAUGUUCGGAUUCAGCUUUUAGAGCAACCUGACUUUCAGAGCAAAAACAAAUUCUUUUGUCGCAAAUUUCCUGUUGAAAUGCCGAUUAUAUGCCAUACAGAAUCCCAAAGAUUUCUGCUUGGAAUGCGGUACAGUAUGGGAUUGGUCUAUUCUCAUUUCACGACAAUAGACACCAGCACCGGCUCGGCCCUCCAACAAAGAACCGUCAGUAUAACAAACUACGUAUUCUACAAUUUGUCAUUCCAAAUUCCUCGCGAGAGAGAAUUCGUACAUUGAAAAUUGAAAGAAAAACUACAAUGGGAGCAAGUAAGUACUCAUCCCAAGUAAUUAUUUGGGGCCACAGUCUUGUGUGGCGAGUUGCACGAUCUAUUUGGUUACUGUUCUAGAACCCAGUAUCCUUACUACGAUAUGCACAAGAAUGUGCUUCUCGUUUCAGAAGCACGUAAGUGUCUGUAGAUGAUUACGUUGUCAAUGUUCAGAGUUCAUAAAUUCAUGAACAAAAAAUUACGAUUUCGUGAACUUAACGAUUCACGAAAAUCUUGACCGAGUUCCUGUAAUUAUGUAUAGUAAACCUUGUAUUCAUGAAACUAUUUGUGCUUUCAAAAGAUUAGUUCGCGUCAAAAAUAUGCAAGGUGUUAUAUCCUAAUUAUUAUUUGGGUAACUG